ACAAUAGUCAUAAUAGUGUAGUGAUAAUUAUACCAGCAAGUAAUAUACAAUAAUUCACUAAUGAAAUUAAUCACGAAUAUAGUAUUUAAUAUAGCAUUUAGUAUAACAUGAUGUAACCAGAUGACUAUCACAGAAUGAAAUUUCAUUUGAAAUUAUAACACUUUCUGGUUAUAUGUAAAUAUUGUAUUUAUAUUAACAUUGUAAAGUAAAAACUAAUUAGGACUAUAAUCAAUUAAACCAUCUUAACUAUUUCAUAAAAUUAUUGUAUAAUAUGCUUAUAUAUACAUUUCUAAUUACAGAAGUGAUAAAAUAAUAAUUUUUCUCUCGUAUAACUUGAUUUUAUUUUUUUUUCUUUUUUUGUUUUUUUUUUUUUUUUUUUUUUUUGUCGAAAUUUUAUAUCUCAUCUUCCACACAAAAAAUGACUUUACAUGAAGCUUCAUUAAAACAACCUCUUGGUAUAGUAUGCAAUUGCACUAAGUAUGAAGAAAUUAUUAAAAAUUUUAAACCGUAUAAUAUUGGAACAACAAAUCCUAUAAUACCUAAAUUCAAGAUAGAUCCCACUGUUUCGACUCCAGUUUUUUGGAUUAAAGAUAAUGUACAACGUAACCAAGAAUUUGACAAACCAAUGUUUUAUUGUACUCAAUGUAAAUUUGAUGAAAUUAAUGCAUCUAAUAUAGAAAAAAAAUGGAUACCUAUAUUAUUAGAUCUUAUAUCACCAAAGCAAUUACGUCCCAACUUAAGUUAUCUAUAUACAGCAGGAUUAAAUACUCAAUCUACAGAAUUAUCAACUUUAACUGACAUGCUUCCCCAUAAAGGUAGAGUAAUUAAGCAAAAAGACUUCAAAUGGGGAAGAGAUUCUUGCUUAAUACCAGUAAAAAUGACUAAUGAGCCAGAAACACACUUUGGUAAAAUAAAAGGAUGUUUUAGCGAUUGGGCAGAAAAUUAUAUUCUUACUAUCGGUUAUCAUCCUUAUUAAUUAUAAAAAAAAAUGCAUAAUCAAUAAAGACUAAUAAUGAGUUUUGUUUACAAUAUCCUCUAUGAUAUUUUAUUUUAUUUUUCUUUAUUAACUUGAACAUUCACUUUC